AUGUGGCGCUCGAUGUGCAUUGUGAAUAAUCUGUUAUUCGUAUGGUGUUACGUCUCGGCGUCGUUGGUUGGUUUGGAAGGGGCUUAUUUGGAACGGCGAAGGCGAACAAUCUCUCCUUCCUACAGGUUAAAGCCACACAUCCAAUCUGCAUUCCACCUCCUUACUGGACUGUCAGAAGCUACAACACAUGUGAGCUCGUCCUCUCAUUCCGUUUCGGAUUUCGGUCGGAAUUCCUUCGUGCAGCGAGAUGUGCGAGGCGCUGCUUUGCCGUCGAAAAAUGACGGAGUCCGACGAAGGCGGCCUAGUGGUCACAAUUCCCUUUUCGCAAAGGCACGCCGUCUCGUCACAGAGGAAUCUAGCACUAAAUGUACAGUAGUUAAUCAGUAUGGUAUAACCUUCGGACCUCCGGUGGUUGAUCCCAACGUUCCGCCGCUUAUAGACCUCGAGGAAUCGAAUCCGGAGACCAUCUUUAGCGACCUUCGCAAGUUUAUUGAGGACCCACGCAGCAAGAAUGCAGUUAUAUGGAACAAUAUCUACAGACGCAGCCUUCCACAACGCCAGGCGCUACGUUCGCUGCGCGAACUCAUGCCAGAGAGCAAAGCACGAGAUUGUCUUAACGUCACAGAUGGUUCUAAUGUGGAUGAUAUAGUGGAUCCCACCUAUGAAGGCUACUACUGCCGAAGUCACGUAAAGGCGUUUUUCAGGUAUGAGCCGGAGUUUGAAUAUAUGCGCAACGGCACUGAAAUCACGCCGCGCAGAUUGGAGCCGCCGGAGCUAAAGAUGCCUCAGGAUAUGCCUACAACAGAGGGUGACCGUGAACUACCUUCUGUACCAUUGGGUUGGCGAAUAUUUGCCGCCAUUGGUCUGUACCAUACUGCUACCGGCGUAAGCGACCCAGCUGUGCUGUGGUCGGGGUUUCGACUUACUGAUGGUGAUCCGAUGGGUCGGCUGGCUAGUGGCCUCUACCAUCCUUACGUCGGUUUACGUGCAUUCAGUGGCUGCGGAGCGGUUAAGCCAGAUAACACGUUACUGUACACGAAGCAUCCCAUUGAACAAGGCGAAAAGUUCCGUGGCCGAAAGGGUGACAUGUCAAGCCUAACCACAGAGGCACCUAAGCAGCACGAAAUCAUAAACGAAAACCUUUACCCACAUCGUUUUGCAGAAGGUGGCGUAUGGCCGCGGAAACACUUUGAAUGUGUGGUGAGUUCCAUGACCGCCUCUCAGGCUCUAUGGGCACGACUCUCCACAAGAAUGCUGCGUGCCACAGCAAAGGUACACCGCAUGUAUAAGCUACGCAUACGUAAAAAUUUCAAGCAGCAGGUAUUUUCGGCUCGUCAGAGGACCACUAUUUUGGGAAAAUCCCAACCGGCCUCGGAUGACCCGGUUGAGACGUCGGUUGGUGUCUUGUAUUUCCUCUCUGCUCCGACACUGCACCAUGCGGUUGACCUAGUCUGUUCAGACCCUAUGGCCAGAUGCAACUUUUACCAGCAGUUGCUACUUUUUGAGGUUGACGACGCGCUUAAGUAUCGAAUAUUUGAGAAACGCGAACCUGACAAGGACAAUCCUCGUCAGUACGUUGUGUUAGGCUCAUAUGACGACCGAUACGACCCCGAGAUUCUGAGAGACAAAAUGAUGAGGUUCAUCGUGCGGUCCAAUUGCGUAAAUACACAUUUACUUUUGCACGGCCCGAGGAAAGAUGCCAUGGUUGACCUUAGCAUGCCUGUACAGCAGUUCUUGCCCAUCACUACGAAACAACGCGACCGUUUACUGGACAAACUGAACAACGUCAGGGAUGCUUGUAACACCAAAAACAAAUCACCACCAGUGGCUGACCUUACUAUCAUCAACCAGUUUGACACCGAUGAUGCACUUGACUGGGCACGACGUUCUCCUUACACUCGUUCAGGUUGCUACAAGAGCCUUUUUGUAGCUAAAGCUUACGAGAUUGGCUUCUAUGGUCGUAGUUGCAAGUAUAUUGCACCACUGCCAAUGGCCAAAGCCCUGGUUCCUGUGAGACAGGAAUACGCGAUAGUGGAGUUUGACCCUGUGGAUGCCUUAAGGAAACGUAUGUCGGAUGGCAAUGGACACUUUAUGUCACUUCCUAGGGAGCUUCCACGACCAUCGGAACUUUAUAGUAAUAUCUCGUCAAACGAGUCGUUAGGUAUGAGCGGAGGUGCGGACUCUUCUGAAAAGAAAAAGGUCGACGAACCGUUAACACCCUCAAAAGAUGAGAAAGAAAAGGAUUCGCCACCUACAUGGCCGCAAAGGCUGCUAAUUACCAUACGGCGUACCGUAUCUGAGUGUUUCAAGGCAUCAAAUAUUUCGGCGAGGUACGCCGCUAUGACCCGUCGGCGUGUUUCGAAACAGGCCCACCUAGGUGCUGUACCUUUCCGUGAUGACGGAAGCCUCGCUGUAGAUGUGGCUUUACCUUGGCCGGGGUGCCCCCGCAAGAUCGUCACGAAUCGUCUUUCUACUGGGACUACACAUGACAUGCCUAGCCAACCUCAGCGUGAUUGUCUCUAUAGUGCCCGUCAGGAGGGUGCUUUGGAGGACUUAGGGGACGCGCAGACACUGCCAAAUGUGCUCCUGUCUACCGAAGCAAUACGGAAGCUCCUAGGAGAGAACGCACCAGUUGAGUUGGACACACCCUUCUAUGCUGAUCUCCUCAAGGACUACAUCUAUAUAUCAUUGCCAGCUGGCGAUUUUUUCGAGUGUAUACCCCCUCAUGACAACAAACGUUAUAAUGCUAUGGAGCGUGAUAACGAAACUAAUUUGCCUACUACGGCAGAGGACAUGAACCGUUUACCUGAAAACAAACCGGUCGCUGUUGGAGGAUAUUGGAUGAAAAAAAGCGACUGUCAUAUGUUGUACAAGAACGACGAUGAACGGUGUCUGCUUUUUGGCAAAGCACCAUACCGGUUGGAUCGUAGACGUGAGCUCAGCGCUGACAUGAUUAGCGGUGCCCUGAUCAAGAACGAGAUGAUUCUCGAUUACCUCAGGAAAGGUGCUGGACUCACGUGGCCUGAUCUUAGCAAUGCAUAUACGCGUCGUGGCGGCAAGCUGGUAAGUCAUUUGACCCCGAGCGAAGCAAUGAAAACCAUGUGGACGGUGCCACCGUUGAACGACCCAUACGCGGAAUACACUAUUCAUGACGAGGUCCCUGCUGCAAGAUUUUACGAAAAGGGCGUGAGAUACCCUCCGGACGACCCUAGAUAUCAAAUGGCUCAAAAGCCUCGGGAACUUUACAUGAUGACGCUGGAGCACCUCCAAAAGGUUGACCGCGGUGAGGCCCGUGCAGAGGAUGAACCCGUAAAGAAAAUGCUAGAAACGGAUCACUUAGGUACCACGAAGAGCAACGACAGUAUCAGUAAAUGGGAGGAGCCGGACAUUAAUUUGCUAGACAUUAACGAGGUCCAUGAUGCGGGAGAAGUGCGGCGCGGCUAA